UAACGUUUAUUUAUUUUUGAGACAGAGAGACAGAGCAUGAACGGGGGAGGGGCAGAGAGAGAGGGAGACACAGAAUCGGAAGCAGGCUCCAGGCUCUGAGCCAUCAGCCCAGAGCCUGACAUGGGGCUCAAACUCACGGACCGCGAGAUCGUGACCUGAGCUGAAGUCAGACGCUUAACCGACUGAGCCACCCAGGCGCCCCCUCUCUUCCUUCUUUAAAAAAAAUCUGGACUGGGAUCUCAGCUGACAGCUCAAUUAAGUGAAGCGAGCAAAGAUUUCCCAGCUGUUGCCAACUCAAAGGGAGUUACGUCCAUAAAGAAAAAGCAGUCUUUCUAACCAGAAAGCACCAAAGAUCUUGAUCGUAGGCAGCACGGAUCAGUGCAAUCACAAGCAUGGACAAGGAGUCAAGAAUUUCUCUACAUUGAAUCUCUCUGUACAGAAUAUCUCUACAUUGUGCCUUUAGAAAAAAACGGAAAGAAAAUAUCUGGCUCGCAGAGAACUUGUACUGAGUAAAGAACUAUAACAGUGCUCAGCACAGAGCAGGUGCUCAGUAAAUACUUGUUUGCUGAAGUAACGUUUGAUUUGAAUGGAUUCUAAAAUGCCUUCAUCUGACUAAGUGCCGUCUUACAUCAGCUUUCUCAGAGUAGUGUUUCCAUACAGGCAAACCUUCUAAUCCCCAGUAAAAGAAAAGAUUACAUAAAUAUUCAGUAACUUGAAGUUUUAAGUAAAUGCCCAGUGUCCUACCUCUAAACAUGUCUGCAGAUGAUCUUGGUUUGCUCCCUGGAGAAGAACCAAAUACUUUAGAUAAGGGGGGAAUAUUCUCUCUCUCUGCUUGUAUAGACCUGGCCUAACUUAAAAAUAAAUGUUUAGUUAAGAUGAUCUCCAGCUUGACCUUUCUGAAGGCACGGGAAGCUGGCUUGAGCAUAGCUGUCCAUGGCUAUAGAUUGGAAUGUCUCAGUGUAGGUGGAACAGAGUUCUCAAGGGAAGCCCUUCCUCAUUUACUAGCUGGGUAUGUUAAUACCCUUUGGUAUUUACCUCAGUCUUCAACAAGUCAAAAUCUGUGGGGUAAUAUAUACAGUCGAUGAUUCUUAAACCAACAUAAUACACUGAGAUGCUUGUAACUGAUGAGUGAGUUAGGCUCAGCCUUCAGCACUAUGAUUAAUCAUAUAAAUUUGUAAAAGGUGCAUAAUCAUAGCUAUUGGGAGAGACUGCUUACUGUGCUUACAGAAUGUGCCUAUUCCCUCCUAUUUUCCUGGAGUCUUCUAGCUCAAAAGCUUUUGGGUUAUGGAUAGGUAAGUUGCAUUUAUCAAGAACCAGUGGAAGAAGUAUGAUGUUGGUAUUUAAAUCUCACCUUUUAUUUAAUAUUGGGAAAACAUCUGCCCUUCUCUGAGAAUUAAUUUCUUUAUCUUAUAACAGUGCAACAUCAGGGGCUGAGUGAGAUUUUUCGUGUUGUCCCAGAACCAUCAAAGACUCAAAACUGGGAAUAUGUACCCCAAAUUCUAAGCCCCAGGAACCACAGCUACUGAGACCUGCUAUCUCUUUGCAGGGCUUGAUAAGGAUUAUCCAGCAGACCUGGGGUUACUACUCCAUUGUCUUUCACCUCCUCCUGAUAUUUAAAAACAACAACAACAACAACUGAGAAGAGGAGUCUUUUGAAGGAACAAAGUGUUCACGUUCUCUCUUCAUCUCCUCCAUUGAAGGAAAGAGAGGGAGGUCCAAGAGAAUCGUUCAUAAACUUGGGAGUGGCUCAGGAAAGGCAGACUGACACUUUAUUCCCUGGUUGAAUAUCUGCUUAUAUAGCAGAGCUGAUGAACUACCUCUGAGCUGUCAGUGGACCACACACUACUUCGGGACCUCAUGUAAACUCACCUUCAAAGUAUUGCCACAUGUUGCCAAGGACAACUGGUUGGGCCAUUGCCGCAUUUGGCGAGCCAUGCGGUCUAAAACUUGACAACAGCAGCCCAUGGGAGUAUGUGUUUCUAAAUUGCACAAGGACUCUGUCAGCUCACCAGGUGUGUGCCUGUGAGGUGAUGAAUGCUCAAUGCUCAGCAGGAGCAUCUUUUCCUAAGUUGUAUAAAGGUGACCCUGCACUUUUUAGCCGUCCCUUGCCCCCACCCUAGUCUCUCUUAAUUUCAAAUUCUUUUGCACAUGGCUGAAAAAUCAAUUUUUUUUUUUUUUACCUGAAGGAAAUUUCUUCUUGUACAUAAAAAAAGACACCCUUAAGGGCACCAGCAACAUCACAUAUAUUGGGUAUUGCCGUAGAGGGGCUGAGCAGAGACUCUGCCUGGACACACAGUGAAAUUAGAUCUUCCUAGCACCGUGAUUCUCGAACUUUAAUGUGUACACAAAUCACUAUCGGAUCUCAUUAAAAGGCAGAUUCUGUUUUGGAAGAUCUGGGUGGAGUGUGAAAUUCGGCAUUUCUAACAAGUGCUUACGUGGUGCUAAUGAUGCUAGUCUGAGGACCACACUUUAGCAAGCAAAUUUCAUUGAAUUCUCACAAAGAUCCCUAUGAGGUAGGUUUUAUUCUUUUUUUAAAAAAAAUUUUCAAGUUUGUUUAUGUAUUUAUUUAUGUGUGUAUUUAUUUCUUUAGAGAACAAGCAGGGGAGGGGCAGAGAGAGAGAGAGAGAGAGAGAGAGAGAGACAGAAUCUGAAGCAGGCUCCAGGCUCUGAGCUGUCAGCACAGAGCCCAACAACGUAGGGCUGGAGCUCACAGACUGCAAGAUCAUGACCUACGAGAUCAUGAAGGUGGACACUCAACCGACUGAGCCACACAGGUGUACUGAGGGUCAUGGAAUUUCCUUCUGAGGAUAGAGUUAACCACCCAAAAGGGUCACAGCCAUCAUGAGGAACAGACACCGUCUCUCUGAAGGCGCAUCAGAUCUGCCAGAGUAAAAGACAAAGCCAUAAUAGACUGGCAUUCUCAGCUUUUGGCUCUAAGCUAGAGACAAAGUAGACUCUCCAUUUCUUGUGAACUCUCAUAUCAGAAGGUUUUCUCAGGUACGGUAGUUCACAAAGGAAUGCCACCAGCUUAGCUUUACUACAAGAAGUCCCAGGAACACCUGUUCCAGGUCAGCUUCUCACCUGGUUAGUCCACAUCGAUUAUCAUUGCAUGGAAUUGGUUCAAUCAGGAGAAAAUGGCAUCAAGGGAAGCUCCAGGAACAAACUGGAAAUCAGGACGUGUUUGGAUGGAAGAGAAGCAGAGUGCAACCAUCCGUCUGCCUCAUUCUCUGAUGUGACCUACAGAGAUUAGAGGCAGAAGCUGGGCUCCCAGAUCCUACUAAAGGCCUCAUUGCACUCAGCUCCCACAGAGAGAAGCUGUGGUCAGAGCAGAGAAGACUUCGUCUGGGCGUCUCCACACAAGGUACAUCCUGAUUAUUGAAGAGCAGAUUGUGUACUGAAGGCUCCCAAUCGCUUUCAGAAGCUAAUAAAGGGCGACUUCAGCUCAGUUCACUGCAAAGGACUGACCUUCAGAGACCAUGGCCCAGAGUCUGCAAGAGGAGGUGACCUGUCCGGUUUGUCUGGAAAUUUUCUUAAGCCCCAUUUUACUCCCCUGUGCACACAUUUUCUGCUUUCAUUGCGUGCGAAGAUGGAUGCUAGAACACAGGGAUCUGAAAUUGACCUGCCCCGUGUGUCGAGGGGUAAGUGACAGCCCCCCUUUGGAGGAAUGGCAAAUUGGAGCACUAUCACUUCUGUUCACACAGCACAGUGCCCUACUGGAGAAAAGUCUGCACGUAAGCAAUGAGUUGUUGAGGUUCCGGGAGGACAUGACCCUGGAUACAAGCACCGCCCACUCCUUCCUCAUCCUCUCUGAUGACCUCAAGAAUGUUCGGUGUGGGAAGAUCUGCCGCAACCCAGUGGAAGAUCCCCAGAGGUUCACCCACCUGGCCUGUGUCCUGGGCACCCCAUGCUUCUCCUCUGGCUGCCAUUACUGGGAGGUCGAAGUGGGACAGGCGGACGAGUGGACCCUGGGGAUCUGCCAGGAAUCAGUCAACAGAAAGAGAAAGGCCGGUUUCUCCUCCGAGCAUGGCUUCUGGUUUAUCAGCAUGAAGGCAGGGACCAUCUACACCAGCUCCUUCCCAGAAACCAGAAUUCCUGCAAGCCCUGAACUUAGCCACGUAGGAAUUUUUUUAGAUGUUGAGAUGGAAGAAAUCAAGUUUUUUGAUGUGAGAGGUAAUGCCCUCAUCUAUACACACAGUCAUCUCUCAUGCGUGGAGCCUCUGCGUCCGUUCUUCUGCCCCGAGCUGCCUAGAGAAAGUGACAGCGGUGCCUCCCUGAAACUCUGCUCAUGAGAAACUCAGCACUUCCUAGAAGAUUUCUCAGAGGUGAAUGAGACCUUUGACUCGAGAAAGGGCAGAAUGACCUAGAGAGAGACCAUGUGUGUAGCAGAAAGGUUGUGCCGAUUUUUGAAAUAGAUUUUGUAGACUUUGCAGCUGAAUAGUUUUUAGGGUGCAUUUUUGUAGACUUCGUAGCUAAAGAACUACGGGGUCGUAGGGGGUGUUAGUAAGCACUCUAAGCCCCAGUUUUCCUAGUCUUCAAGUGGGGAUCAUUAUAUCUCUCAGCCAAAUAGCUGUGAUGAUCAGAGAUGAUGCUGUGCAUUUAUUUUGUACUAAAUACAAAUGGGCCAUUCCAGAUUGGAAGUUAAAUAAAAUAUUUUGUGGGUAGAGACAAUGCCUUUUUCAUUAUUUUAUGCCUUUUCUGCAAUUCCUGAUAAUGAUAGCUGUCUGGGAAAGAAGAAGGAAACAGCCAGCAUGAGAUUUUGACAUGAAGUUUCAGUGAGAGACAAAAGUACUGGGAAAGAACUCCAUUUCUCAUUUUUGUUUUCUCCCAAACACAGCUGCCGAAGUUUUCCUGAAAGACAAAACUUUGAGGUGUCUCCAGUUAAUGGUGAUUCACGUUUGUUCUAAUGGGAAUUGUCCUUUGCCCAUUUCAAGGAUUGGCCUCCCAUGUGGUUGUGAAACCACCUCCCAUGUGGUAUGGUCUCACGGCAGGCACAGAGGUGCCAACAGGCUCAGACAAUGUCAAGCUGUUAAGAUCCCGAACCUUCUGGAGUAAUGAAGGAACGGGGAAUGAGGGAAAUGAGUAAUGAGGGAAACUUCGGCCCUUGAGAAGAGUGGACCCCUGGCCUUCCGCCCACCGGGUGCAUUUGUGCAUGGGAAACCCUUCCUUCUGAGAGGAAAGGACACCUCCCCGCACACCUGAACUUCAGGCCACUGCUGUUGCUGUGGGAAUUCUUAUCAACUACGUUAAACUGCAGACAGAUAUUCACCAAAAACUAUUCUCCAGGUUGCUUCUGAAUUCAUUUUUUUAAUGUUAGAAUUUUAGAGAUUUUGCAGUUACCUCUCUGAGACGUUUGAUGUUUUCCUGUUUGGUCGUGUUUGGUCCUCUCCUGUUCGGUCUGAAACUUGUGCCCCUGUCCCCAACACCGCACCCGCUCUGUCUCAGAUGGCGGUUUCUCAUACCGGACGCUCAAGUGCUC